AUGGCAGACCCAACGCCUUCUCAGAGUAGCAUGGAUCGGAGGAGAUCAUCGGGGCCUUUGGGUCUUCUCACUUUGAUCUUGGCUCCAGUAGCAACAGUCAUGCUUCUCUACCAACUCGACCCCUAUGACCCAGCUCCUGUCCCCAUCCACGAGUUUUCACAGCAACCCAUGGUCGUGCCCAAGCUCAACUCUCGCAUGCUACAAGGAUCGGAGAUGAUUGGGGUUGGGAAGCUUUUGGGUCCAGAGGACAUUGCCUACCAUCCCGACUCACACCUCAUCUACACCGGUUGUGUUGAUGGCUGGGUCAAGCGAGUCACCUUGAACGAUUCCGUGGUGCAGAACUGGGCUUUCACCGGAGUGUUGAGGCCUCGCGUCCCUGAUAAAUAUGUUGUUGAAUUGAAUCGACUGUACGUGAUUAAUGUCAUGAACUUGAUCGAAAUAAUAUUUGUUCUAUAA